AAACUGUAAACAGAAGUUCUGUGCAGAAGAUUACAAUUAGUUUAAGUUAGAAAUAGACAGUCCUGGUGAUUUUGAACUUUACAAUAAUAAAAUAUUACUAUAACCUAACUGCAUGUAAUUAAAUGUUAAAUAGGAUUAAAUACACAGAUAAUAACAUAAUCAGCAAGAUAUCUUCGUACUUUUGUUUGAAGCGAUAAGGUGAUAAUAAGCAUUUAUUUGUCGAGUUUGUAAGUUCAAAUUGAUGAUAAUUAAUAAAAGCAGAAUGAUUAUCAAAGUUGCUAUGAGAAGUGGAAAGCUAGCUAAUGCAGUGGUAUCACUUGGUCGAUCCAGUCAACUGAGGUGCAUGUCAUCAACCAUGGACAGAAAUAACAAUUUCUUUUUUAGGCAGUUAUUUGACACUGAAAGUAGCACCUACACUUAUCUUCUCGGAGACACAAAGACAUGUGAAGCAGUGCUAAUAGACCCUGUGAUUGAGCAUGCCGAGAGAGAUGCCACUCUCAUCAAGGAAUUAGGCUUUAAACUUAUAUAUGCAAUGAACACCCACAUGCACGCUGACCACAUAACAGGCACGGGUCGUCUAAAGUCCCUGUUACCUGGUACAAAGAGUGUGAUAGGUAAAGCUUCGGGUGCUCAAGCUGAUAUUCACUUGCAAGACGGUGAGACGGUGCACUUUGGUAGUCAUCAGUUGCUGGCAGCAUCUACCCCGGGACAUACUAAUGGAUGUUUCACCUAUAUUUGUCACCAGCAGUGCAUGGCAUUUACUGGUGAUGCAGUGUUAAUAAGGGGAUGCGGUCGAACAGACUUCCAAGAAGGUAGUUCGGAAACAUUGUACAAGUCGGUCCACGAAAGGAUAUUCACAUUGCCCGAUCAUUUCGCACUGUACCCGGCGCACGAUUAUAAAGGUCAAACAGCCACAACGGUUGGCGAGGAGAAGAGAUACAAUCCGAGAUUGACCAAGCCCCUGGAGGAGUUCGUCAAGAUCAUGGACAAUUUGAAUUUGCCAUAUCCGAAGAAAAUUGAUCAAGCGAUACCUGCAAAUAAAGUAUGCGGGCUGUACUAGACAGUAUGUGAGAAAAAUAUUUUUUAAAUACCGAAAUAUU